UACAAUACAGCAAGAUGAAGGUUUUAUCAUGGCGGCUGUUGUUUGUCCGGGACCUCAAGCUUUAAGACAAGCAGAAGUGCUUCGGGCGAGCUUGAAAGGUAGUUUUGAGGACUUCAAUGUGGGCAGUUCAGGAUGGUCUUCAAGGCAGAUGCUACAGGAUUUAUACAAGAAUAUCCUGUUGAAUGACCUGGAGUUUGCCCUGGAUAAGAAAGUAGAACAAGACUUAUGGAAUUAUUCAUUUAAAAGCCAGAUCGAUUUCUUAAGACAUCAAACAAAAGAUAAUAAGGGCUCAAAGUCAAGUGAGAUACAGGCUGUUUUAUCGUUAUUUCUUGAAGCAGCCAGUGGCUUUUAUAUUCAGCUCUUGCAAGAAUUUUGCCUUCAUUACAAUCUUGAUCUUCCGGGACACACAAAGUCCUCUCACCUUGGCAUCUUAGAAGAUGGAAAUGUUGAUAAUCUAAAUAAGAAACCUCACACUCAAUCAUGUUACUAUGUGUGUCAAGACUGCUUGGUUCAUUUAGGAGAUAUAGCCAGGUAUUGUGAUGAUUCCAGUCAGGCUGAAUUGUUUUACAGACAUGCACUGGUCCUUGUGCCUUCUAAUGGUCAGCCAUACAACCAACUAGCCAUUCUAGCAAGUGCCAAAGGAGACCAACUUGGGACUGUUUAUUUCUACUGUAGAAGUAUUGCAGUAAAAAACCAGUUUCCUGCUGCAUCAACCAAUCUUCACAAGAUAUUCACCAAAAUAUGCUCCAAGAACAGUACAAUUUCCAGCACAGAUGGCAUCUCUAAUGCAGAAUUUUUCCACCUGUUCCUCAAGUUUCAUGGACACAUAUAUCUUGAUCAGGAUUUGAGUGAAGCAAGACAGCUGAAGAAUACCAUAGUUGAGGGUUUCAAAUUUCUACUCCAGCAAGAUGCAUUGAAGCUAGAUGAUUACAUUCAUUUAGCGGCCAUUACUUUGUUUAGUUUGUAUCACAUUAAAUCAAGUGGAGUAGAUGAUUUGGAGGAGUUUGAUUAUAUCGGCAAAGAUGAUGAGGAUGGUUUUCAGCUGGCUCUAGAAUUUGCAGUCAAUUUCUUCAAUGCUGUGCUAGCCCACCUAACUAACCAAACCAACAAUGAUCAUCCUCUACCAAGCCAAACCCUGGUCUACCUUAGUGUGUUUUGCCAAUGGAUUGCUGGUAAUGCAUCUAGUGCCUGGAGAGAGGAUACUAUCAAAUCUGGAGUUGCAUGGGACAAGUUUGCAUUGCUUUUGAACCAACUGAGUUGUGAAAACUUCCAUAUCGACAUACCAGAUACUCCACUUUAUGAAGACUGGGAAUUACAUGCCUUCAUUCCCUUGAACUCAUUCCACAAAAAGCUCAAUUAUACAAYGAAGAAAACACAGGUGGAGAAUGAACAUAUGCAUAGGGUAUACCGCCUCCUUCAGUUUGGUAAUAAACUGUCUAGCCAUUCACCCAGAAUCUUGUCCAAAGUUGAAGAUGUAGCAACAGGACUUUCCAAAUUUUCUCCUCGCAUUGAAUCAAGUACAUCUGAAAACAGUUUCAGCCUUCAGGAGAUCGCAACAAGGUUACCAGGGGAAGUAGAUCUGGAYAUAGCUGGACAAAAGUUGCCCUCUCUCCCAACCCCUACGUUUUUACCUCAGAAAGCAUCGUCACCCACACCCUUCGCCGAGACAAGCUCUCUCUUCAAUAACGCAAGUCAUGGAGUUAUUGGUGGCCCUGUUCAGGGAGCACCUUUGUCUACACCGCAAGUACCACAAUAUUCUCUUUUUCAGUCUGGCUGGAAAGCACCUCUUACUUCUGCUUUCGGCACUACUGGAUCGACAUCACCUUCUCCUACAGAAAAGCCCUUUACAAAUGAAAGAACUCCCCAUCCUGACCAGUCUCCGGUAGGGCAUAAAUUCCUAAACCAAGGAACUUUACCUGGUGCGGUGGGAGAAUGCCAGCCAAUCAGCAGUGUUGGCCCUACAUUUCCAGACGCUUCCAGACCCCCAGGCUAUUCAACACCAUCACCAGGACCUCUCGAUGGGUUUGGGUUGAGUGAGAACUGGGGAUCUGGAGUGUGGGGACCUGUGAAAAUUGGUGCUGCAAAUAAUAACCCAGCACCAACGCAGCAAGUGCAGUCGAUGUGGGGUCAAGAAUUCUCACCCAGCCAAGGAAUGUCACCUCUGCAACAGCUGCUUCACGACCAACAGAAACGUAAAGAUAACGGAACGUGAAGAGAAACCAGCCCGUGUCAAAGGUUAAAAACAAGUACACCAGCAACUGGACUGAACCGACAGGCGUUUCUAUCCUGGUGUCAGUAACUCAUGGGUUAUCCCAAUCCAAAUUUACUGAGGUCCAUGCAAUGAUAUUUUGACUUGAAAUAUCUCAUUCCGCCUGUUAAGUAUGCAAAACUUUGGCAGAUCAUUUUCAAUUUACAUCAAAUUUGCAGUUAGAACAAGAUGGUGCUUCUGUUAAUAGUCGAAUAGUUUGCAUUUUGCUCUAGUUCUGAGAAUCAGGUUAGAGUAAUGAGCACUGAUAUUCUUAUUGCUAUUCUCACGCUGGUUUGUAAGACGAUCAACAAUGAAGCACGAGCAUGAUUCGUAUUAUGCACCUCCACGAAGCAUGAUAAAGAAUAGUUUGAUAGAAUUCAGAAUAAGAAUUAAAAUUGUCAGUGACCGUUGUUGAGGCCAUAUUGUUAGAAAGCUCACUUCAAUAAAUGCAUUGUCUGUUA